AUGGACGCGGAACGCGCUUUGCCCGAGAAGAGGAAUCCUCUGGUUGAGGAGAAACACACUCCGCAGAGUAUGCUUAGCCCUUUACAUGACGUGAUGGCCACAUGGCUGACGGGANNAACAGUCGAGAUCCUGGUUGAAAGACGUCGAUUGGGACAGACGGAGCUCACAGUCAAGGCUGGUCAAAUCGGCACUUCGAACGCGACAAAGCCCUCCAACCUGGGCAUGUUCGACUAUGCCCACUUGCGCGUACCUCUUCCCAAAGACCUGCAAGGAAGUGGCAUCUUCGCCCCUUCGCGCCGCAACCAGUCCUACCCGGAAGCUUACUUUUUGAUGGUGAGGGGAACAGGAAACACGCGCAAAUACGCGCAGCUUUGCUGA